CACCACCCAAACUACAAGGUCAAUUGGAUCUACACUACGCACCCUCUCUCAACACACUCUUUUUCUACCUCCAGACUUUCCUCUGCCCUCAGUCUUGUCUCUAAGCUUGUCAACGUUACCACUUGCUCCUCUGCCUUGUCAUGGUACUGAACCAAUUCAGCUGAUCGUGAAACCGUCCGGGGUGCUGCAGCAAGUCGCAUCAUGGCAUCGCAUGCCUCCUCUCUCCGCGACCGUCAGGUCGCUUCCAUUCAAAAACUACUCAACUUGAAUCACGAUACGCAUCCCGCCGAUGAAUCCCACCCCGAUGGCUCCUCCCAGGGCCUCAUUUCGACCCCCGUCCUGAACGAGGAUGGAGAUCCGAUCUGGAAAGUUCUGGUCUUCGACAAUCUGGGAAGAGACGUUAUCAGCAGUGUACUGCGUGUCAAUGACCUUCGAAAGUGGGGCGUCACAAUCCAUCUCAACAUCAAUGCCAAUCGCUAUCCUAUACCUGAUGUCCCUGUUAUCUACCUCGUCGAGCCGACCGCGGCCAAUAUUCAGGCUGUCACCAGCGACCUUGCCCGCGGGCUCUACUCUCCCGCCUACAUAAACUUUCUCUCCUCCGUCCCUCGACCGCUCUUGGAAGACUUCGCUUCGGAGAUCGCGACUACGGGCACCGCAGAACACGUCGCACAGGUCUUUGAUCAGUACCUGAACUUCAUUGUCGCUGAGCCCGACCUCUUCAGUCUGGGGUUGGGCAAAGAUGCCUACUGGAAGAUCAAUAGCGCACAAACAAGCGACGAUGACUUGGAUGCUAUUGUCGAUCGGAUAGUCAGUGGGUUGUUCAGCGUUAGCGUUACGAUGGGCUCUAUACCCAUCAUCAGAUGCCCCAAGGGAGGGGCAGCCGAGCUGAUAGCUACGAAGCUCGAUCGCAAGCUGCGUGAUCAUAUCCUCAACUCGAAAGACAACCUCUUCUCCAACAAAAAGUCUACCCCCGGCGUUCCUUCCUCGCGACCGGUUUUGGUCAUUGUGGAUCGUAACGUCGAUUUAGUCCCCAUGUUAUCCCACUCGUGGACAUACCAGUCCCUUGUUCAAGACGUCUUGCAGAUGCGCCUCAAUCGAAUCACAGUCGAAACAACAGAUGAAACAAAUCCUGCAAAGGGUGCAACCAAGAGGGCGUACGACUUGACGAGCAACGACUUUUUCUGGAAACGCAACGCCGGUGCACCCUUCCCGCAGGUGGCCGAGGAUAUUGACGCCGAAUUGACACGAUACAAAGAGGAUGCUAAUGAAAUCACCAAAAAGACCGGUGCCUCCUCUAUCGAGGACUUGCAGAACGAUACCAGUGCAUCAGCCCAGCACCUCAAGGCAGCUAUCACGCUGCUCCCCGAACUGCGGGAACGGAAAGCCAUUCUUGACAUGCACAUGAACAUCGCCACCGCUCUCCUCAAGGGCAUCAAAGACCGCCAGCUGGAUAACUUUUUUGAGCUCGAGGAGAAUAUCACCAAGCAGUCCAAGACACAGAUCAUGGACCUUAUCAACGACUCCACAAAGGGCAACAACCCGACCGACAAACUGCGGUUGUUCAUCAUCUGGUUCCUGAGCACAGAGACCGAGGUCUCUCGGGCGGAAAUGAGUCAGUUCGAGGAAGCUCUCACGCGCAUGGGAGUCCAGGAUGUCAGUCCAUUAUCGUACGUCCGCCAAGUACGCGAGAUCACCCGCAUGACCAUGAUGACUACGGCCACGGCGGGCGCGCCGCAGCAACAACAAUCCUCCAACCUCUUCCGGGGAUUCUCCUCGCUCUCCAACCAGUUGACGGACCGCAUCACCUCUGGCGCUCUGGGCGCCAACUUUGACUCCCUCAUCUCGGGCGUCAAAAACUUCCUCCCGGCCAACAAAGACCUCACCCUGACGAAGAUCACCGAAUCGAUCAUGGACCCGGCCUCCGCCUCCAGCUCUGCCAUCGCCAAGACGGAACAUUAUCUAUACUUCGACCCGCGCAGCGCCAACGCCCGCGGCGCCAUGCCCCCGGCUUCCGCGUCCCGUAACGCUCAAGGUGGGGCGGGGUUCGGCGGUGCGGGCCCAGGCACCACUGCGACCUUCGGUCAGCGUCGUCAGGGCUUCAACGAAGCCAUCGUCUUCACUGUCGGCGGCGGCAGCAUGGACGAGUACGGAAACCUGCAGGACUGGGUUCGUCGGGCCAAUGGCCAGCAGGACGGUGCCGGCGCGGGUGCCGGUGGUGCGCGGGGUGGCUCGUCAGGUGCAGUCACAGGGCCCCGGCGGAGAGUGGUCUACGGCAGUACAGAUUUGAUGAACGCGAGUGAAUUCCUGGCGGAGUCGUUGGCGAAAUUGGGUCGGGAGGGUUAGACUUUUGUCUUUAUUCGUGAUCUCGGAUCGAGAAGUAAGAGGCGGAGAAGUAUGCCCGGCUCUGGGCAGGAGAUGGAUUGAGCAUAAAUGAGUCCCUUCAAUCUGGCUAGUUCCCCUACGACACGCACAAGUUCUAAAGUAGUCACACCGCAACCUAAGUCGAUACCGCGGGAUGUGACAGAAUAUAGUAAUUGACCCAGCUUGCCAAAUUUUGCGGGUUUCCAUACAAUAGAGUAG